GCGAGGACGGCGGCACGUGAUUGGUUCGCGAACCGACGCACUGUUAUAUUCAACCACGAUGCGCCUCGUCAUCGUUGCUACAACGUCCAAAAAUGUUCUCGCCCGCCAAAGCUGAGAGCUUGCUCUUCCAGACCACCUCUGGGCGAAAGCCACUCCACCACCAUGACACAGUUGCGUUUCGUCUGCCGCGGCUGACUUGUGGCGACCUCACCAACCUGUUUUGUAUGCUCGUGGCACUGGCUGGACUCGUCAUACUCGGUUGCAGCGGGGACUACACCCUCGUCGGCAAAACACUAGCGCUAGUAGGCGGCUGUGGACUUGGAGCUGGCAUGAUGAACGCGCUGUUUGUGCAUUUACUCUUUCGACGCGUGCGCGGGUGCGUCGGUGCUGGUGUGUUCCAUCGACAGGCGAAAGAGAUUGCCAUUCAGCUGCAGCGCCUCAUGGUCCACACGUUCUUCUCCCCGACGACGUUGGCAGGGUACGCAAAGUCGUUUGACUCGAGGCAAGGCGCCGUCACCGCCACCGUCCGGUCACGUCUGGACCAACCCGAUUCCCACAUUGCACUUGUGAAUGCGUUUACCAGUGUCGCAUCCACGCCCAGCGGUGCAGUGUUGAAUUCGUUUGCGGGCAUGUUUGGUGGGAUCGAACCCAUGGUACCGAAGAUCAGACCGUUGGUAAUCGCCCUCGCGGCUGAGUGGGAUCAACAGCACCCAUCGUUACUGUCGCGAAUCCAAGCUGUGACGGGGGCGUCGUCGGAAGAUGUAGUCCUGCAGCGCCUUUCGCAAGAGAUCGGCAACUUCCUCCAUACACGGGCAAUGAGACUCGAGCCGGCGGAAGUGGCAGCAAUGCUGCAAACCCUCGUCGCGCCGCAUUUAACGUGGAUCGUCGUGUGGGGCAAUGUGUUUGGGCUGGUUCUGGGUGGCAUCGUGGCCCUCUGCACCCUUAUUAUGUCGCCUUCGCCCCCCUAAACGACUGACUGCACGUGGGCCUCCAACACCUUGGGCUGCUUCUGUACCCUUAUAUUUACGCCGUUGUUUGACGAUAGGAUAACAUGCGCAAGAGAUGUCACUGUACAAGUCAA